AUGGGGCCACGUCAAUCACUGUUGGAACGAUCGAACUUGACGUCUACUCACCCCCAAUGGUCUGCUCGCCAACCUUUAUGGUCAUCAAUGAGGAUCAGGCAGAUCAACAAUGACCAAGCCAUGGCAAGGAGAUGCACAGUCCAAUGGCUUAAGAAGAGCAAGCAGUUACAAAUCACACCAGUAAUGCAAGCUGCUAAUGAGGCAGGAAGCGCUCCUAGUAGACAAGCAAGCUCGAAUGGGAAGGAACCAGACAAAAAAGAGAGGAUCGGCUCGCACCUAAGCCUAAAUGGGAAGGUGGAGCUGACCACCUUCCUCCAGAACAACAUCAACCCGAACAUAAUCUACCACCAGCUCCAUGUCAACCACGCUAGCAAGCCUGUGGUGCAUAAGAGACACAACUUCGCUCCUGAGCGGGUUUCGAUCAUUGAAGCUGAGAUUGACAAGCUUCUAGCUGCCGGUUUCUUUGAAGAGGUCUCCUACUCAGAAUGGCUGGCCAACGUUGUUUUGGUGGCGAAACAAGAAAAAAACAAAUGGAGAGUGUGCGUCGAUUACACCGACCUCAAUAAAGCAUGCCCUAAAGACAGCUUCCCAUUGCCGAGAAUCGACCAACUCGUGGAUUCAACUUCAGGCAAUCAGGUGCUCAGCUUCAUGGACGCCUACUCCGGCUAUAAUCCAAUUAUGAUGCACGACGAUGACAAAGUGAAGACCUCUUGCAUCAUCGAGAGAGGGACCUACUGCAACAAGGUCAUGCCAUUUGGGCUGAAGAAUGCCGGAGCAACCUACCUAAAGCUCAUGAAUAAAAUUUUCAAGGAGUAG